CCACAAAACUCUCUCUAUCUCUCUCUAUUAGCUCUAAGUUUACAGAAGAAAUAUCAAAACUCAUUUCUUGAUAUUUCAUCACGAGCUCCCUGAUUCUUUAUAACACACCUCAAGUGACAUCAACCUUUUUGUUGUUGUUGUUGUUGUUGUUGUUGUUGUUAUAUAUAAGCUUUUUAUCUUAUAUUGGUAUAUAUAUAACAUGUGAUGAGAUCUCCUCACAUCAUCAUUUCACUUGUCCUCUUCUUUUUCCUUUCUCUAAUCCUGCAAACCCAUCAAAGAACCAUCGAUGAUCAAACUCACCGGGUUGGCUCCAACGUUCCACACGUCGGUUAUGUGGCGGUGACUUCGCCGGAAGGAAGAAAAAGAGAGAAGUUUAGAGUACGCCGGCCGAUGACGACAUGGCGGAAGGGGAAGAUGUUCGAUGCCAGUGAACAUGGAGUCCCAAGUGGUCCGAAUCCCAUCUCUAAUAGGUAGAAAUAUAUUUAAAUACAUAGAGCUUGUUGUAUGAAUGUUUUGCCUAGCUAGUAUUCCCUAGUGUAUAUCUCUUCUGUUUAGCAAAAAAAAAAAAGUGUAUAUCUCUUUGCUUCUGAGGUUACACGUACAAAAAAAAACGACUAUUAUGUUGUUUGGUUAUUCAAAGUUUGAGACUUCCAUUUU